UAAGUUUGUACUCAUUAUUGUCUUCUUUUUAUAUUUCCAUACAGGACCACGGCAGAGAUGGACAGUGUGAAUUCCACGGAGAGUACUGGGUUACCUCACUCGACCACUUCGCUGGUCUUCAUAUGCUUUUUCGCCCUUCUCAGCCAAGGACUCACCAUCGGCGGCAACAUCCUCGUCAUGUUGGCCUUCCGUAUUGAACGUCGUCUGCAUAAGCCCAGCAACUACUUCUUACUAAGCCUUGCGGCUGCCGAUCUUAUCAUCGGCCUUUUCUCCAUGCCCGUGUAUUCCCUCUACCUCAUCAUGGGAACUUGGCCCUUUGGUUCUGUUGUUUGUGACCUGUGGAUAUCCGUAGACUACGCAUGCUCAGAAGUAUCAGUAUUGAACCUGAUACUUAUAAGUGCGGACCGGAUGUGGUCCGUUCGUAACCCUGCGCGCUACAGGAACAAAAUGACGCUGCAACGCGCGGUGAUAAUGAUUAUUCCAACGUGGGUUUUACCUUUACUGCUUUAUUUCACAUCCGUCCUAGGUUGGACUAAAUUCACAAAUACCGAAGAUACACGACCUAAUGGAGAGUGUUAUUUACCGUUUAUGCAGGAUUCCCCUAAUUUCAUAACAAUAUCUACAAUUUUUGUGUUCUGGGUGCCACUAAUUGCAAUGUUUAUCAUGUACGCGAACAUCUAUAGGAUCAUUAGAAAUUUAGCGAAGAGGAAGAAAAAGGGCAGGGAAAAGCGACCGAGUUCGGCUUUGCCCCGUCCUUGCCCUGAUCAACUGCAAAGGAUAGCUCCUGUGGAGCCCACCUGUGUAGAAACCGAAGCUCCAGGUAUGGUCACAGAUUACACCACCACGACCACAACGACGACGUCAACGAGUCUCACUGCCGAUGGUUCGCGUCCAGAUGUGCCUCGUGUUGGGGUGAACAAAUGCAUCGCGAAGCGAAACAAAUCAGAUGCAGAUAGCUGUCUCGAUUCCAGCGAUGAAACGUCGUCAUCGGAGCGAAGACCAGAAAGCACCAUGUCGGCGUCGUCAAGGAAUGCAGUGGAUUCAAAACCAAAGCGAGUAAAUAAUAACAAGGUGAAGAUUGGUUCGUUAAAGCGUGGAAAUCAGGGAAGUCUAAGUGGAAGUAAGCGAGGUCUUCGUAGGACGCGUUCACAGCGCGGUGAAAGACAAAGUCGAAGCGAGCGGAAAGCAACGCGUACUUUGACCUUCAUUUUAGGGGCUUUCUUUAUCACAUGGAGUCCAUACUCUACCAUGGUAAUCAUCUUGGCGUGGUGUGAGACAUGUGUUCCAGCACAACUAUAUCAUUUUAGUUAUUAUCUGUGUUAUAUCAACAGCACCGUCAACCCACUCUGCUACGCUUUCGCCAACGAAUUAUUUCGAGCAAGUUUUCAUAAAAUUCUCACUUGUAAGACGUGUCGUGGAUAAUGAGUAGGACGUGGCGGAAUUUUUUUUUUAAGUUUCACUAUCUUAAAAAAGACUGUCCUGAGUUGAAACAGUUGUGGUCUUCUUUAAAAAUGAGGAACCCUUUUUGACAAAAUGUUGACAAUGUGAUGCUAAUGCGUUCCGCUCAUGACAACACCUGUGGAAUUCACAAUCAAUUUCAUCACGACGAAUGUGUGAUGUCAUCGUUACGUAGCUUCUGUGCACUAACACUAAGUCACGUGAUACGCAUGUUGCCAGUUUACAUGGACGACAAUGUAAGAAUGAGUCUAAACUGUAAAGAACUCAUUAAACUUAAACUAUGAACCAAUGUAUCACGUGAUAGCAAGCUUGUAAUCGUUUCGCUGUUUCAAACACGCCCCACCAGACUGAAUAUCAUCUUGAAAAAAAAUGUCUUGAAAAUAUUCACCAAGUUUCUAACAACAUGGAAAUAAUCGUCUUCUUUCUACAAAUUCAAUGAGUGUUUCCCAUUACUGUAAAUAAUAAGAAGAGCUCGUUGGUCAACUUGGUGGGUCCGUAAAUUGGUCAGUAGCAGUGCAUACCAAACACCAAAUCACCACUCUUCCCGUGUAAUAUCUCCCGAUGUACCAUCCCGGUGUUACAUAAAGACAAACCAUGUAGUACAGCAGUAAAUCUAAGAUUGAAUUAUUGUGAUGUCCUUUAUUCGAAUGUAUUCGACACAAUGGAAUAAACAAGGGUGGAUCCGGGAUUUUCCUUUCGGGUACCAUUUUCGUUGACAAAAAUCUGACAAGCAAAAAAGAAUAAUAACCCAUUUUUGUAUGAAGUGUUUUACUUUCGUAUGUCCGACAUUUUCCACUAAAAACAUGACAAAUAUUUUUUAUGGCUCUCAAUGGGGGGGGGGGGCUCAGGCUGUGGAUGUGCCCCACCCCUGGAUCCGCCACUGAAUAUAAAUUAUCUUGAACAUUCUACUGCGAACAUUAUUAAUUGGUAAAUAAUCAUCUAGUUAUGGAAUUGCAAUAAUUACUUGGAAACUGUCUCUGAAAACAUUUUGAUUAAGGGAUUCUCUGUCCCCUUUACGCCUAUAAACAUGAUGUAUGAUGAGUAUAUACAGGUAUUAUUAUAAGAUAAAAUGAUAGAAACAUCGACAAGAACUGAUGACACUUUCCGUUAAAUAAUUUUCAGUACAUCAUGAUUAGCUCGGAUUACGAGCAACAGUCAGAAUAACAUCAAAUUCACAAUUAAUCGUAAUGGCAAAAUAGGCAAAAGGAAUCAGAGAUGCAAGAAGAACAUCCCAAUUUUUAUAGUUCUCAUAAUCUAUAUAGAGAAUGUCUAAAUUUUAUCAUCGUGAGUUGGAUUGUCAAAGAAGAAAGAAACGCUUAAGGAUUUAAAACGAAGCGCGGAUGAGUAUUGAGUUCUGUAGGGGUUCGAAAAUUAUUGGUAAAAAUAUAAUUUGUACAAAUUCACAGUGAUAUUUUACAGAGUUGUGCUUAAACAUCUCUACUACCAUGAUUACAGACAAGUAAUAUCUAUCAAUAAUUAGGGAGUUUUGAGGCAAAUUGUGUCCCGCUUAAAUCAUUCAAGUCGCCUGUUUGCUUCGUAUUGCUUUUGAAUUUUUCCAACCGUAAUAGAGAGCACUGGCAGUGUGAAUAAUAACUAUGCUGCAAAUCAUGCACUAAAUAAAAUAUUUAAAUCAGAAUUGUGGUUGAAACGUGAUUAGAAUGAGGGUAUAGCUAAAUGGAACUAGAAUGGAGUCAAAGGGGAACUGAAAAUAAAUGUAUAAUAUAGGCUCUGUAACCAGAUAAUGAUUGGUGGUCCCAAAUCAGAGUAUAAGUCGUGUGAAGUGGAAUGACGAUGAAUGCAAUUGAUCCUGAAAUGUACAACUUCUGAAAUUAGUCCGUGCUCUGGGGCACUACUCAUUCUUUAAAUGUGAAUGACUGUGAAGAGAGAUGUAAUGGAAGCAAAGAUGAGAAACAGGAGGGAAUAUCAGAUACAGAGUGAAAAUAGAGAGGGAGAAUGCUGAUAAGAGGGGAUGAGGGAACGUUGGUGCUGGAACAUUUUGAAAAUUGAAGAAAUAUAAACAAAGACAUGGAAAAUUCGAUGAAAUGUAUAGAACAGAUGUUUGAAAUUUGGAAAUGGUGAGAGAUGUGUAAGAGAAAAUAAUCACAACAGAAAUAUUUCUAAUGUAUCCACAAAUAAUGAGGACUACUCGAAUCGUCUAAUUUAAACAACACUGUAACAUGUUUGAAGUGAGCAGAGAGAGAAGGGAG